AUGGAUGACUCGGGGCUUAUUCGGCGUCGACGGCUGCAGAAGGAUCUACCGCUACCUCGUAAAAACAGCAGCUGUCGCAGCAGUAACAGGAAGAGUCUGAUUUUGACCACCACGUCUCCAACCCUGCCAAGGCCUCACUCCCCGCUCCCCGGACACCUCGGGAGCAGCCCUUUGGAUAGUCCUCGCAACUUCUCUCCAAGUACUGCUGCUCACUUCUCUUUCGCUUCAUCCAGACGAGAUGGCCGUCGAUGGUCAUUGGCUUCUCUUCCGUCCUCUGGCUAUGGAACCAACACUCCAAGUUCAACGUCUUCCUCGUCCUCUCAGGAGCGGUUGCACCAGUUGCCAUUCCAGCCAACUCUGGAUGAACUUCACUUCCUGUCCAAACACUUCGGCAGCACAGAGAGCAUCGCCGACGAUGACGGAGCUCGAAGCUCUGCUCACGCACGACCCCGCUCACGCAGCCUCAGUCCGGGUCGGUCACCCUCAUGCUAUGAUAAUGAGAUUGUCAUGAUGAACCAUGUGUAUAAGGAGCGCUUCCCCAAGGCCACGGCACAGAUGGAGUGUCGAUUGGCAGAGUUUGUCCAGGCGUUUUCUCCAGAGAAUGUUCUGCCCCUGGCUGACGGGGUCCUCAGUUUCAUACAUCACCAGAUUAUUGAGUUGUCCCGUGACUGCCUGACCAAAUCUCAGGAUGGACUCAUCAGCACCAUCUAUUUCUACGAGCUCCAGGAAAACCUUGAUAAACUUCUAAAUGAUGCUUACGAGCGGUCAGAGAGCGCAGAGGUGGCGUUCGUGGCAGAGCUGGUGAAGAAACUCCUCAUCAUCAUCUCCCGGCCGGCCAGACUGCUGGAGUGUCUGGAGUUUAACCCUGAAGAGUUUUACCACCUGCUGGAGGCAGCGGAGGACCAUGCCAAAGAGGGACACUUAAUAAAGACAGACAUCCCACGCUACAUCAUCAGCCAGCUAGGGCUGACAAGAGACCCGCUAGAAGAGAUGGUCAACCUGGAGAGCUAUGAUAGUGAGGGGCCACUCACUCCUGAAACAGAUGACUCCACAGAGGGAAAGAUGAGAGCCAUGAAGCCUCCUGGUGAAGCUGAUUUCCAAACCAUCAAACUGAUUAGUAACGGUGCAUAUGGGGCUGUGUACUUGGUCAGGCACUUGGAGACUCGUCAGCGUUUUGCGAUGAAGAAGAUCAACAAACAGAACCUGAUCUUGAGGAACCAGAUCCAGCAGGCCUUUGUGGAGAGAGAUAUCCUGACCUUCGCGGAGAACCCGUUUGUCGUCAGCAUGUUUUGCUCUUUCGAGACCAGGCGACAUCUCUGCAUGGUCAUGGAAUACGUGGAGGGGGGUGAUUGUGCCACGUUGUUGAAGAACAUUGGAGCGUUGCCCGUGGAGAUGGCACGCAUGUACUUCGCUGAGACAGUCCUGGCACUGGAGUACAUCCAUAACUAUGGCAUAGUGCACAGAGACCUGAAGCCAGACAAUCUGUUGAUCACCUCUAUGGGUCAUAUUAAGCUGACAGACUUUGGCUUGUCAAAAAUGGGUCUGAUGAGUUUGACUACCAACCUGUAUGAGGGGCACAUUGAGAAGGACACCAGGGAGUUUCUGGACAAACAGGUGUGUGGUACGCCUGAGUACAUUGCUCCGGAGGUCAUUCUGCGGCAGGGUUACGGUAAACCAGUGGACUGGUGGGCCAUGGGCAUCAUUCUGUACGAGUUCUUGGUGGGGUGUGUGCCGUUUUUCGGAGACACACCCGAGGAACUGUUCGGACAGGUCAUCACAGAUGACAUUGUGUGGCCUGAAGGGGAUGAGGCUCUUCCUCCUGAUGCUCAGCACCUGAUCUCUGCCCUUCUGCGUACCAACCCUCUACUCAGGCUGGGCACAGGGGGAGCAUUUGAGGUGAAGCAGCACUCAUUUUUCUCAGAGUUGAAUUGGAACAGUCUCCUAAGACAGAAAGCUGAGUUCAUCCCCCACCUGGAGUCUGAGGAGGAUACCAGCUAUUUUGACACGCGGUCUGAUCGUUAUCAUCAUGUCCACUCAUAUGAUGAAGAUGACACUAAUGAUGACGAGCCAGUGGAGAUUCGGCGCUUCUCUUCCUGUUCACCACGCUUCAGCAAGGUGUACAGCAGCAUGGAGCACUUGUCUCAGCUGGACCACAAAGCCCCCGUGGUCACUCGCAGGGAACAGAAAAGCUCCAGAGAGGACAGGGUGGCCAAGAGAGAGAGUCUGGGAAGCCUCACUCUCCGAGACAAGACAUGGAGAACUGGAUCACCUGAACUGAAGCGUUUAUCAUGUUCUGAGUCUUCUUUUACUGAGAGUGACUCCAGCCCUCCGUCGGGAGCACGCAGGAGGUUCUCCGCUCUCAUGGACACGCACCGCUUUGCGUCUCCACAAGAGGGCGAGAUUGAGCCCCCCCAUCGACAGCCCCCAGUGAAGACCAGAGGGGCAUCACUAGAGGGCGCUUCCAUGGCAACACUCUCCAGUUUAGCUGAACCAAGUCCCACAGCCAAGGAGGGCAACGGGGGCACAGCAGGAGACAAACUGUUGAGACCAGCUGAUGCUCUCACGGCAGUGACGCCUCUCCUUGUUCCCGACGCACUGGGUCCCAGAGCCGCUAAUGACCUGGUUCUACGCCGCGCCAGGCACCAUCAGCUGUCUGCUGACGGAGAGAAACGAUCCACUCGCACCGGCACCAAAGUCAUCAAAUCGGCCUCUGCCACUGCUCUGUCUGUCAUUAUACCCGCAGUGGAACAGCAUUGCACAUCCCCGUUGGCCAGCCCUAUGUCUCCUCGCUCUAUCUCCUCCAAUCCGUCAUCUCGUGACUCCUCCCCCAGCCGAGACUACUCGCCCAACGUCAGUGUGGUACGCUCUCCAAUCACCAUCCAGCGUUCGGGAAAGAAGUAUGGUUUCACGUUACGUGCCAUCCGUGUGUACAUGGGCGACAGUGAUGUCUACAGCGUUCAUCACAUGGUCUGGCAUGUGGAGGGUGGAGGCCCCGCUCAGGAGGCGGGUCUGUGUGCUGGCGAUCUUAUUACCCAUGUGAAUGGAGAAUCUGUACAUGGUUUGGUUCAUACAGAGGUGGUGGAGCUCAUUCUGAAGAGUGGUAAUAAAGUGACGGUGACCACUACACCAUUUGAAAACACGUCCAUAAAGAUCGGACCUGCGCGAAAGGCCAGUUACAGAGCCAAGAUGGCCAGGAGAAACAAGAAAUCAGGAGCCAAAGAAGGACAAGAGAGUAAGAAGCGUAGCUCCCUCUUCCGGAAGAUCACGAAACAGUCGAACUUGCUGCACACCAGUAGGAGUUUGUCUUCUUUGAAUCGUUCUCUGUCGUCUGGAGACAGCCUGCCUGGUUCUCCAACCCACGGCCUGUCUGCCCGCUCACCCACACAGACGUACCGUUCCCCCCCAGAGUCGGCCUAUCUGGGCACUUCAUCUCAGAGUAGCUCGCCGGCCUCCAGCACGCCCAACUCUCCCGCGGCCUCACAGCACAUGCGUCCCAGUUCGCUCCACGGCCUCUCGCCCAAACUGCACCGCCAGUAUCGUUCCGCCCGCUGCAAGUCCGCGGGCAACAUCCCUCUGUCGCCUCUGGCGCACACUCCUUCUCCCACCACCUCCUCUCCUCCGCCUUUGAGUGGGCACACGGUGGGCAGUUCCAACACCACCCAGGCCUUCCCCGCCAAGCUCCACUCUUCUCCGCCGAUCACGCGUCCCCGUCCGAAAAGCGCGGAGCCCCCCCGCUCGCCUCUCUUGCAGCGCGUGCAGUCAGCCGAAAAGCUCGGUCCAGCUCCGCCCCCUUCUUUUCCGUCUUCCUCCUCUCCGUCUUCCUCUUUCUUGUCACCCAUCGGAGCGGAGAAAAAAGGAGGGCUAGGCAUGUCUCUGAGGAAGCACGGUGUGGAAAUGGUCCAUGUAGAUUAUCGGCGUGAGGCGUUCCACUGUGAGCAUGCGCUGCAGAGUCUGCUGGAGACUGAAGGCGAGAACAUGCCUGUGCUGCCCUCCUCACCCCCUUCACACGUAGUCAGUGAUGACAGCUUUCUCAGACUUGGCAGGAGGUCGGAGAGACAACAGUUACCUGUGAUGGAGAAGGCGAGGUCUGAAGAGAUAGCAGAGGCAAAAUCCGCGUCUAAAAUCAAAUCGACACAAGCUAGCGUUAGCGCAGAUGCUAACUUGCGUCAGUGUGCUGAGCCUACUAAAGAUGAAACUGCUUCAAAGCCCCAUGCAAGCCAAGCCUCGCUCCUGCUGACAACAGCAAAGGAGUCCAAGGCUGGAGAUAAGACUCAGUUGCCGAAUGUUCAGACAGCUAGCAUUGGCUGUGAUGCUAAACCCCCUGAGCGGGUGCCAGGGAAGUCCUUGGGGUCGGGGGUCCAGGAAUGCAGGGAUCAAGGGAUUCAAACUGAAACUGCUGCGGUCAAGCCCCAGGAUAAAGGCAGAAGCUCUGGGAAAGGUCACCUAGAGAGAGACACAGCCUGCCAGACCAGCAGUGCUGACGUGCCCAAAACCGGUAAAAGCACCCAGACACCUGAGAUUAGCGUUAAAGAGGGGAGCAGUGCUGGAACUACUGCAGAUUGCAGAUCCAAAGGUCCAGCGGUGCCACUGACACAAUCAGGCCUGGUCCCUGCCAAACCCAAAGAGGACAGGGGUGGAGUUCCAGUAACCGUUUCAAAACGGCCUAGGGAAGAGAAGAGUUUACUGGAGGUGGUGGAGGAAGUUCCAGCAUCCCCAUCUCCUCCUGCUCCUUCCCCCAGUUCUGGAAAAUCACGUGCUGUCUCCCCCGGCGACAAAUCCAGUUUCGUCACGCAACUCACCAGUGUGGCAAAAACUGUGCUGGGGCCCAUGAAGCUGGGCUCCCAGGAGGGAAGCAGAGCCAAAGACAGCAGUAAGACAGGUGAGGAGAAACGAGGAGUCACAUUAGGAAAGUCUGAGGCUUCGCAUGGAAGUCGACGUGGAGCCACGGGAACCUGGCCAGGACCGUCUGGCGUGGCUAAAUCGGAUAAGGCUAAUGCUCGGAAUUCUUCCAAGCAUUCCUGA